AUGACUUCUUUUGAACCCAUUUAUUAUACCUAUAUGCCCACUGCUCCGUGUUCCAGGAGGGCAACCACCCAGAAGCAUAGCUUUCCCGUCGAGGAGCAGCAUACUGUACCAGAUCGAAGAUUAUUUGAUGAUACUCAGAGAUCAAAUGAUGAUAAUGUUUCAGGCUCAGAACUUCAAGAAAACAUUGUCGAUAAUGACUACAAUAUCGAUCUCCCUACAUCAUAUAGCAUAUCACAAAUGAAUACAGGAGAGGAUUCAAGCUUGGAAAACAAAAUUUGGGAGGAUAAGAUAGCUUCGCCAAGAAUAUAUGAUGACGAUUCUUCAUCAAUUGGAACAGUCCUUGAUCCUUAUUUGUAUCAAAAAACCUUGAUAAAAGGAUUACAAAAGGAUUAUGAUAUUCAAAGUAUAGAUAUUCUUGAUUAUGAUAAUAAAGCAAUCUUCUGA